GCGCAAAAGUAUUAUGUAGUGACCGAUGCUUAGUGUUCAGAAGUUUUCCAAUGCGCGCUCCGACAGAAAGAGGUGGCAAGUACGCGAGUCUAAUCAACACCCGGUCCAACAGUCGCAUUUUGUAAAUACGGUGGCAGAACGUGGACUCUCGGGUGGACUGCCUUCCCAGUUUCAGAGGAGGCGCAUUUCAAGGGGAUUUGUGGAUUGCUUUAGGCUUCCCGACGUCUGUUUUUCGCCAGCACCGUUUGGAGAGAAGUCAUGCAGGCGCGCUAUUCCGUCUCCAGUCCCAACUCGCUGGGAGUUGUGCCGUACAUCAGCAGCGACCAAAGUUAUUACCGGGCCGCCGCCGGAGGGGGGUACACCGGGAUGCCAGCCCCCAUGAGCAUGUACUCUCAUGCGGCCCACGACCAGUACCCCGCCAGCAUGGCGAGGGCGUAUGGACCAUACACGCCGCAGCCGCAGCCCAAGGAUAUGGUAAAACCACCCUACAGUUACAUUGCGCUCAUCACUAUGGCCAUCCAGAACUCCCCGGACAAGAAGGUGACCCUUAACGGUAUUUAUCAGUUUAUAAUGGAGCGCUUUCCCUUUUAUAGGGACAACAAGCAGGGCUGGCAGAACAGUAUUCGACACAACCUGUCCCUGAACGAGUGCUUUGUCAAAGUGCCCCGCGAUGACAAAAAACCUGGCAAAGGCAGCUACUGGACCCUCGACCCGGACUCGUAUAAUAUGUUUGAGAACGGCAGCUUUUUGAGGCGACGACGGCGUUUCAAAAAGAAGGACGCUCUAAAGGAUAAGGAAGACCGAAAUGUCAAAGAGGCACCUUCCCGCCAGCAGCAACAGCAGCAGCCGCCGCAACCGCAGCAGGGCCGCGACCAGGAACAGUCAGUGCCGGGCUCGCAGCCCGUGCGCAUUCAGGACAUUAAAACCGAGAACGGCACGUCCACGCCUCCGCAGGCCGUUUCGCCCACGCUCAGCACUGUUCCCAAGAUAGAAAGCCCCGACAGCAGCAGCAGCAUGUCGAGCGGCAGCCCGCACAGCAUCCCGUCCACCCGCUCUCUCAGCCUGGACAGCGCCGGGGAACAGCAGCAGCAGCAUCACCACCACGGCCAGGCCCCUGCGCAGGGCUUCAGCGUGGACAACAUCAUGACCUCCCUCCGGGGCUCGCCUCAGAACUCUGGCGAUCUCACCCCGUCUCUCGUGGCUUCCUCGCGAACAGGUAUAACUCCCACAUUGUCCCUGAACUAUUCUCCCAACCAGACGUCCGUGUAUAGUUCGCCCUGCAGCCAGAACUCUAUCUCGACUACCUCCAACGCCACCUAUCAUUGCAACAUGCAGGCCAUGAGCUUGUACGCGGGCGGAGAUCGCUCGGGCCACUUGGCGACCACUACCACUGUGGACGAAACUCUGCCUGAUUACUCGAUCACGACCACCACGUCGUCCUUAAGCCACGGGAAUCUCAGCUCGGCCCAGGAGGGCCACCAUCCGCACCAAGGGCGCCUCGCCUCAUGGUACCUAAACCAGGCCGGAGACAUUGGCCAUCUAGGCGCGACGUACCCGACGCAGCAGCAGAACUUUCAUUCGGUUCGAGAGAUGUUUGAAUCGCAGAGAAUCGGUCUGAAUAAUUCACCGGUGAACGGGAAUAACAGCUGUCAAAUGUCGUUUCCCCCGAGUCAGCCCAUAUACCGCACGUCGGGGGCUUUUGUGUAUGACUGCAGCAAGUUUUGACCAAACAAGUAUUUUUCGAGCUUCUUCUUUAUGUUGUUGUUGUUGUUGAUUUCCCCUUUGCCCUCUUUUCGUCAAUACCGAGAGACGUUGAUAUUUACCUACUACCCCGCCAUGGACUGAAAAGAAACAGAACACAAACGCGAGUCAGACACACUUGAUCUUGGUUUGUUAAGGACAGUGUUACUUCGAAUAACACGUAAGUCUUCUUCGUUUUUGUGAGCUAUAUGCUGGGCUGUGUUGAAAUGCGUCAGACGUUUAUGGACUUGUUAUUACGUGUAAAUUGCAUAUAGUAAUUUAUUUCUAAAGUGUAGCCGGAUAUUAUGGACCAAACACCAAAAAGUGUUUCUAAAUUGAACUGCAUUCAUUGUCCAAAUGUUCCAUUAUAACAAGGAACGGAACAUGUAUAACGCCAUAUUCUUUCAAACUAUCUCCUUUUGUUGAAAAAGUAUUCUGAAGGAACUGCAUUGUUUGUUUAAUAAAUUGCCAUGCUAUUUGAGUUAAAA